AUGGCUUUCUCCUGGCAGGCAGUGCUGGCCUGCAGGAAAUACCUCAUCAUCGUCCUGGUACCCCUGGUGUUUCUCCCUCUGCCCCUGGUUCUGCCCACCAAGGAGGCACUGUGUGGCUAUGUGAUCAUACUGAUGGCACUUUUCUGGUGCACAGAAGCUCUGCCUUUGGCUGUCACAGCUCUCCUGCCCGUCCUGCUCUUCCCACUAAUGAAUAUCAUGGAUUCAACCACAGUGUGUCAGGAGUACCUGAAGGACACCAACAUGCUCUUUUUGGGGGGCCUGGUGAUGGCCAUUGCCAUCGAGACCUGGAACCUGCACAAGCGAGUGGCUCUGAGGGUCCUGCUGAUCACUGGUGUCAGGCCAGCCCUACUCCUGAUGGGUUUCAUGGUGGUGACAGCUUUCCUGUCCAUGUGGAUCAGCAACACAGCCACCACUGCCAUGAUGGUCCCCAUUGCGCAGGCUGUGAUGGAGCAGCUGCACAAGUCAGAGGCAGAGUCUGGCACCACUGACCAAGUGUCUGAACACACCAACAAAGCCUUUGAGCUGCAGGAAAAGGCACCUGACAGCUUGAAAGAGCCAGAGGAAAAAGGUAAUUCUCAUGUCCUGGUGGUUGAGGAAGAGAGAAAGAGAAAUGAAGAGCUUGAGAAGAAACACUUGAAGCUGUCCAAGGGAAUGUCCCUGUGUAUUUGUUACUCAUCCAGCAUUGGAGGGAUUGCCACUCUGACUGGGACAACCCCAAAUCUGGUGCUGCAAGGACAAGUUAAUGACAUCUAUCCAGACAAUGGUGGCAUCAUCAACUUUGCCUCCUGGUUCUCCUUCGCCUUCCCCACCAUGUUGGUGCUGCUGAUUUUGGCCUGGAUUUGGCUGCAGAUCCUGUACUUGGGCUUCAAUUUUAAGAAGAAUUUUGGUUGUGGUGCCAGUCCUGCUGCCAAGGCUAAGGAGAAACAGGCCUAUGAAAUCAUCAAGGAAGAGAGCAAGAAACUGGGCAAAAUGAGCUUUGCAGAAAUAGAAGUUUCAAUCCUCUUCGUUCUCCUGGUGGUGUUGUGGUUUACAAGAGAACCUGGGUUCAUCCCAGGCUGGGCAACAGUUCUCUUCAACAAAGAUAAUAACAGCUAUGUCACUGAUGCCACAGUCGCCCUCUUCAUCUCAAUAUUGCUCUUCAUCCUCCCUUCUGGCUUUUCCAACCGGGACAGAGAGCAAGAGCAAACGGGGGGCAGGGCAAAGUUCCGUGCCCCUCCACCCCUGCUGGACUGGAAGGUGGUGCAGGAGAAGAUGCCCUGGAACAUCGUGUUCCUGCUGGGAGGGGGCUUUGCCUUGGCCAAAGGCAGUGAGGAAUCUGGUCUGUCUGCAUGGCUGGGCACCAAGCUGACCCCUCUGCAGAGCAUCCCUCACCCAGCCAUUGCCUUCCUCCUGUGCCUCCUCAUCGCCACCUUCACCGAGUGCACCAGCAACGUGGCCACCACCACCCUCUUCCUGCCCAUUUUGGCUUCUAUGGCUGAAGCAAUUUGCCUCAACCCUCUCUAUGUCAUGCUGCCCUGCACACUCUCUGCAUCUCUGGCCUUCAUGCUCCCCGUGGCAACUCCUCCCAAUGCCAUUGUCUUCUCCUAUGGACAGCUCAGGGUUAUUGAUAUGGCCAAAGCUGGGGUUGUACUCAACAUUCUGGGAGUUCUGACCAUCACCCUGGCCAUCAACACCUGGGCUUCAUCCUUGUUCCAGCUGCAGACCUUCCCCUCGUGGGCCAACAGGACAGGGACCUGCCUGUGA